UCUUUUGCUAAUUUUUCCCAUCGCACACUUCUCUUUCACCCACCCCCUCACUCUGCCCACGUAUACACACACACAACAGAAAUGUCUCUGAAGAACCAAAUCAUUGUUGUCGGCGGCGGCCUCUCUGGCCUGGCUGCUGCACACACCGUCUACGAGAACGGCGGCAACGUCUUGCUGCUCGACAAGAAUCCAUUCUUCGGUGGCAACUCUACCAAGGCCACAUCCGGUAUCAACGGCGCUUUGACGCGCACCCAGAUCGCAAAGAACAUCCAGGACUCUGUUGAGCAGUUCUACCAGGACACCUUAAAGUCCGCACGCGAUUUGGCCCGUCCAGAGCUCAUCAAGGUCCUCACCGGCCGCUCUGCCUCUGCCGUCGAAUGGCUUCAAGACAAGUUUGAGCUCGACCUGAGCUUGGUGUCGCGCUUGGGCGGCCACUCGUUCCCUCGUACCCACCGUGGCAAGGAGCAGUUCCCUGGUAUGACCAUCACCUAUGCCUUGAUGGAAGGUCUCGAAGAGCUCGCCGAAAAGCAGACCGAUCGUGUCAAGAUCAUCAAGCGCGCUCGCGUCGAGGAGCUUAUCAAGAACGGCGACGAGAUCGUUGGCGUGAAAUACGUCCUUGUCGGCAAGGACGCUGAUGGCAAGACCUAUGAAGCACAUGGCCCCGUCGUCUUGGCCACUGGUGGUUAUGCUGCUGACUUUGGUCCCAACUCGCUCUUGAAGCAGCAUCGUCCCGAACUGUUUGAUUUGUCGACCACCAACGGUGACCACUGCACUGGUGACGGCAUCAAGAUGGCCAGUAUCGCUGGCGCCAACACGGUCGAUUUGGAAAAGGUCCAGGUCCAUCCCACCGGCUUGGUCGACCCCAAGGAGCCCGAUGCCAAGGUCAAGUUUUUGGCUGCCGAAGCCUUGCGUGGCUGCGGUGGUUUGCUGUUGGAUGCAGAGGGCAACCGUUUCUGUGACGAGUUGGGCCAUCGUGACUAUGUCACUGGCAUGAUGUGGAAGAACAAGUUCCCUAUCCGCCUGGUCCUCAACACGGCCGCCUCCAAGGAAAUUGAAUGGCACUGCCGCCAUUAUGCCGGUCGUGGUUUGAUGAAGAAGUUCGACAGCGGUGCUGCUCUUGCCAAGGAGAUGGGCGUCUCGCCCGAAAAGCUCAAGGAGACCUUUGAGACCUACAACGCUAUUGCCGACGGCAAGCAGAAGGAUCCUUGGGGCAAGCGGUUCUUCCACAACGUUCCCAUCAAGAUGGAAGACUACUUUUACGUCGCUCACAUGCAGCCUGUGCUCCACUACACUAUGGGUGGUGUUGAGAUCACUCCCGAUGCAGAAAUCAAGGGUGGCGACGCUACUGUUCCUGGCCUCUUCGCUGCUGGUGAAAUGUGCGGUGGUGUCCACGGCGCCAACCGUCUUGGUGGUUCGUCUCUCUUGGGCUGUGUCGUUUUUGGCCGUGUCGCUGGCCAGACCGCCACGCGCUACCUGUUUGGCAAGCUCGUCAACACCGGUUCCGGCAACGUUGCCCAGCAACGUCUUGGUGCCAUUGCCAGCCACUUGGGCACCGUCGGUGUCAGCCUUUCGAUGAACCCCAGCGACCCCAACCGCAUCAACCUCGAGAUUGCCUGGCCCGGCGCUGGCGCUCCUGCUGUCGCUGCUGCUGAAGGUGCUGCUGCGCCUGCACCCGCGAAGGAAGAGGCCAAGAAGGAGGAUGAACCCAAGAAGAUGGGCGAAUAUAGUGUAGAGGAGGUCGCAAAACAUAACAAGCCUGAGGAUUGCUGGGUGAUUGUGAAUGGUCAGGUGUUGAACGUCACGGACUUUUUGUCCGAGCACCCUGGUGGCAAGAAGGCCAUUCUCAUCUACGCUGGUCGGGAUGCUACGGAAGAAUUCAACAUGCUGCACAAGAAGGAUGUCGUUGAAAAGUAUGCUCCCUACGCCAUCAUUGGUACUCUCAAGAAGUAAUUGCCACCAUAAAACACACACACACACACACUAUUUCUUCUUUCUACUAUACUUCUUUUACUGCUUAUGUACACAGAUCACACACAAAACUUAUCACUCAACCCUAUCACUUUGCACGACGAUCGUAAACAUCCAUCUUACCACUCAGACACGCUCACAACACAAAGUAUCUUUAGUUUUAGUACUUGAUUUUCAUUUAAAAAACGGGGCCAAUACAAAAUACAUAUAGUAUAAACAGCAGCUAUCUAGCAUGUCUUGUCUUUUUACUCCAAAAGAGUCACUUUACCCAUAUUGAGAAGCGCGAUGG